AUGUGGAUUCAAUUUGAGAAAUGUAGAUUUUGUUUGGAAACUGGAAAUGUGACAGUUGAAAUUGGUGGCGUUCAGAAGGAGGUCUCGUGGUGCAUAAAUUGCGACGGUGCUGUUUGUGAUCCAGCGAUGGGUGACGAAGGAAAACUUUAUGUUCCCCAAGAGCUAAUAUUAAUCUAUCGUGAAAGGGUUGUUCCAAUAGCUUCAAUGUUAACUCCUAACCAGUUUGAAGCAGAACUACUAACACAAUUCAGGAUUCCGAAGUCUUUUUCUUGUCUUCAUGAUAAAGUUCUCCAAGCUGUUGUUGAUGUUACUGUGAGCCAAUCUCCAAGCCAGAAUGAAAGACAGGGAACAACUUCUGUCUUUGCUAAUUUUGUCAAGAACUUCACCACGGGAAAAGCAGAUCCAAAUGCAAAUCAACCAGCUCAUCCUAAUAUUUUGGAGAAUCUAGAACAAUUAUUCUCAAAUCCUCCCUUCUUAAAGCCUUCAUCAAGCACAAUUAAAUUGCUUGAUUCGUCCCUGCUAUCAGCUGCAGAGAUUGAUUGGCUUAACAACUACCACUCACUAGUCUGGGAAAAGGUGUCGCAAUUGUUGGAUGGCUCUGCUCGACAGUUGCUUUGGGACAACACAAGGCCUAUUAUGCAAUGA